UGGUUUCACAAGCCGGAAACGCCGACCAUAGUUUUGCUCACCCAAAAGAAUGGACCAAAUCAGUUGAAACAAUCGAUCGAGAAUCAUUAUUCUCGCAAGAAUUUUCGGGAAUCACUGAGGUUGUCGUUGGAGUUUAUUGAAUUUGUGGAAAACUGCAAUACGAAAGUUUCUAGCGAUGGAGAAAGGAAACAAGAUCCAUAUUCAAAUCCAAAUAAAUUGACCAGCACUCGGGACAUGCUGGAAAUUGCUGCCCGCAGUGCUCUUAGACUGGGAAAUGUUGAGAUAGCGGUGAAGUGUGUUGAUAAACUGGUAUCGAAUGAACCUGGUCAUAUUUAUUUUAGAGGCAUGGUUUACGCAAAGGGUGGUCGAUACGCAGAUUCAAUUAGGCAUCUUAUUAAGUAUAAUCAAAUGCGUAAGAACGAUUACAAGACUUGGAAGGAAAUUGGAAACACUUUUCUUUCAUGUUAUCAUACACUUUUCGCGAAAAAGGAUUCCGAACAAUUUCCGAUCUAUAAACCGGACACCACUUUAAAGAAUACUUUUAUUACACAAAUUUCCCUGUUGAGCUUUCACCGUGCUCUUAAUAUUAUGACAAUCUCCGAAUGGUCGGAUUCUGUUAGUUUUGUCUACUCUAGAUUUACUCGUGAAAAAGCGAAAAUAGAAAGGUUAAUUAAUGAUUUAGAAGAAGAAGGCGUAGUUAAGGAAGAGGCGUAUGUGUUUGGAGGAAGUGACGAACCCGAUUCAAAAAUUGAUUUAGAAAAACUCGGAUUUGAAGGUGAAAUGAUAAAAUACAUAUUAAUGGAGUGUAGGGCGAGUGUAAACAGUGAGAGGAUGGCCGAAGAACAAGAAAAAUCAGCAGGCCAAUUGUAA